AUGGACGACGACAACCUCAAGUCGGUCUUGAAGCUGUGGUCGGAUCGAGAUCACACAAGUCCGUUGGAGGCUUUUCUCAAAGCUCCACCUCAAGCAGAGCUGGAGGCUGUCCUGGGCUUCAGUCUGAACCCUGAGCAUUACACGUCGCGGCCUGCCGACCGGUCGGACUCGAAGGGUGGGGAGGCUCAUGUGGUUGAGCAGGACACUUUGACGGAGUCACAAAUUGCGGCGGCGCUGUCGGAUGAGGGCAAGGAGCCCGAUCCUGCUGCGUUGCCUCCGCAGGAGGCGUGUGAGCCGGAGCCUGCGCCGCUUCUUGCGCUUCCUGUGGAGGCUGAGCAGUCCCCCAAGCCCAAGCCGAGCCCCUUCACAACGCCAGUGAAGCCCAAAGAGCCCGUCAUUGUGAUAUCCCCUGGCAGCCCCAUGGACUUCCAGUUGCAUGUAGAGAUUCCCAAAUUGGAGUCGUGUUUCGCGUACAUAUGCUCCAUGCAUGCAAGCGUGCGCGUGCUUUGUGUACUUAAGGCAACCACUCCUGUUCCUGUGGACAGUCCCCUUUCGGGGCUAUCGAGCCAGUUUGCCAGCAUGGAUCCCAACGUUCUUGAGAGCCUCCUUGCCCUUGUGAAGGAGAAGCUGCUCGUGUACUUCAGCCUUGUUCAAGCGCGCGUGUUUGUUUGUGAUGUGUCGCAUAACCUUCGGGCUUAUAAGAGCGAACUUAGGUCCCAGCCGGACCAGGACACGAAGAAGAAUGCGUUCGAACCACGACGCCAAACUUCGUACGACAACGACGACACGCAACAGUGGUGCCCAACGGAGGGCGAAUUGCUCGCUGCGUGGUCUGAGAUUGAAGCGAAAGAGGCGGAACUCCACAAGCGGGAGGCGUCAAUGGCCAGAACCGAAGAGCUUCGCAAGGAGCAUGCGAAAAGUGCAUUGCGGUUGAAGGAGCAGCUUCACGGAAAGGAGCGCCAAGCCGUCCCGCCCAUCAAGCUUCCCGAGGAUGCGAAGCCAGUUGCAGAACCCUAUCCUUCUCACUUGCGUGUGCACCUGUGGUCCAUACUCAUCUGUUGCUUGGUCUGCCAAACUAAGUCUGCCACUGUGGUUACGAGACAGCAGCAGCUACAGCUCACGGCCGACAAGAAAGGCUUGAAUGAUCUUGAGGACAACGAUGAAGCUGAUGCUGCGAUGCCAAGCUCGCACAGGGGGAGACCCUGCAAGAAGGCGGUUCAGGCUAAGGCCAAAGCCAAGGCCAAGGCCAAGGCCAAGGCCAAGGCCAAGGCCCUGGCCAAGGCCUCUGAGGAUGACGAUGAUGCUGGUGGGUCCCCGAACAACUGUGGCACUGAGUCCGUCACCCCGGCGCCCAAGCUUCUGCGGAGUGGCAAGAGCAAGAUGUUCAAGUCCAGAUCCAGGAGGCGCUUGAUUUGCAAAAAUGCCAAGGAGGCCGAUCACGCGGUUGAGAAGAGCAAGAAGCGCAAAAGGCCGAAUGCUGGCAAGGAAAGCAAAGCAGCCUCUUGGUCGGACGCCACCCAGCACUACGACCAGUGGGAUGGUGAGUGGAAUGGUGCCUGGGGCGAGGAUUGGGGCGAGGAUUGGGGCGAUGAGUGGGCUGCUUGGGAAGGGAUCGAGGAUUGGGAGCCGGAUGUGCCAACCACUGCGCCGAAGCGGAGGUACUCCAAGAAAGCCAAGCCCUCGCCCUCUGCUGAGCCUGCUGUCGAGGGCAGAAACGCAGAUGAAGAGGGCGGAGACGACGAGGAUGAAGAGGAUGAAGACGGUGAGGGGUACAUGAAGACCUUUGCCAGGCGCUACUAUCCGCAGAGGCCCGCCUUCCAGGCCAAGUGGCUGGCCAUCAGGGAUCAAAGAUUCGGUGCUUUGUCAAGGGCCACUCAAAGCUCGAGGACCUAUUGUUGCAGAACACGUGGAUGGGUAUGUAUGUAUAGCGACGUAGAGGGUGUAUUCUUGCAGGACCGCUUCUGGAUCUAUUGCGGAGAGAAGGCCCAGGAGCGUGUCCCGAAGGUCACUGUCCAAGAUUGGCCCGCUCUGGCUGUGUCUGCAGCUUUUGAGUUCCUGGGUGAUGGUGCCAUUUGUCCCGUGGAAAGCAAGUAG